CGGUUGGAGUCAGGAGUGAGAGGAAGACGUAAUAAAAGUCGGCCGUCGGGCGGUUAUUCUCUCCCUCCCCGGCACGGCAUGACUUAAACAAAACAGGAAAGAGAAAGGGCGUCUGCGGCAGUUUCAACGCCGAAAGGAACAACCGCAGUAUUGUUGAGCACGUCGGCGAAGUUUUUUUUGCUGAAAAGGACAGGGGGUCUGUCAAGUGGUAUGGAACAGCAUCCAGAGCACUUACUUGGAACAAGAAUUGAUGAUGUUUCACUGAUUGAAGGAAUAAGCAAUCAGGUUCUUCUGACUGUAGCAAUCACCAUUACAAUGUUGGGCGGUUUGGCAACAUUCCUAUAUAGAAAUGAGCAGCACAACAUCCACCCUGAGAAUCAGGAACGUGUGAGGGAGCUCCGCCAACAUCUCCAAGCUGAGGCUUUAAAUUCCCAGGAUGGAUUUGAAAGCAAUCGGCAUCAAUUCUACACUGACAUGUCCUGUCCAGUCUGCUUACAGCUGGCUAUAUUCCCUGUUGAAACCAAUUGCGGCCACCUUUUUUGCGGAUCCUGCAUUGUUGCAUAUUGGACAUAUGGAACUUGGUUGGGAGCAGUAAAUUGCCCCAUUUGUAGGCAAAUGGUUACCUUGUUGUUUCCAUUGUUCACAAUGAAUGACCAACAUCCAGAGUCUGUACAAGUUAUUCAAGAUAUUAAUAAUUAUAACAGAAGAUUUUCUGGUCAGCCCAGAUCUCUUAUGGAUCGUAUAAUGGAUCUACCCACACUACUGCGCCAUGCCUUUACAGAACUCUUUUCCAUCAGCGGUCUUUUCUGGAUGUUUCGAAUACGAAUUUUCCUCUGCCUGGCUGGUGCCUUGUUCUAUUUAGCAUCACCACUGGACUUCAUUCCUGAGGCUUUCUUUGGAAUUCUAGGAUUUCUAGAUGACCUGUUUGUUAUUUUUCUGCUUCUCAUCUAUAUUUCUAUAAUGUAUCGAGAGGCAGUAACUCAAAGAUUAAAUAGGUGAAUUAAUGUUCUUAUAAUAAAAAAAAGAUUGCAACUAAGUUAACGCAUGUUUUCCUGUAAAGGACUUACUUCUGACGAGCAGGUUAGUCUGUUGCAAACAAAGAGCUCCAAUAUUGGAUGACUAAAAAUGCAGUGCUUAAAUUUGCCAUUACAGCAUCUUGCCUGCAAAUUAAUGCAAGUCAAAUUGAAACAUAAGGAAAUACUAAGCUGCUUUGUAGUUUUCAAACUGGUUUUCGUGCAUUUAGAGAAAAUUUGAAUUAUUGAGAACUGGAGAACAUUCAUUGAUUGAGAGGUGUAAUUAGGGUAAUCAAUUUGGGGAUUAUGGUCAUUUUUUUUGUUAAUGUGAGCUUUGUUUAAAUGAAAACUCAAUUGGUAGGAAAUCAUGUAGCUAGAUUUCUUCUGAUUUCCACCUUGUAUAUUAAAAAGGAAAACUGAUAUCUAUUGUGUGUGCAGUUAGGAGUUUAAAUAUUAAAGCAAUAGCCAUUACUGUAAAUACCCUGUUGUUUUUGUACCUAUAUUUUCUACAAAGUUCUAUUUUUUUUUGAUACUGUUGUAAUGAUUUUUGGAUUUUAGGCAUGUAACAAACUGAACAAAUUGCUCAUUAAAAAUUUGAUUGCUUUGUUUGUAAUUAAUUAAACCAUUCAUUUCUCUAGAAAGCACUGCUAUCUUCAUAACCAGAUUCUCAAGAAUAAAGAUAACUAAGAGUUGGAGGUGAUUAACUUUGAAUAAAUUAAAGGAUAUGGUGGUUAUGGAGGUUGAAAUGAGAAAUGGUACAAUAGUCUGCUGAAUUAGAGUAUGAUUUACUUCAUAAUGGCUUUUAGAUUGGGAAAUUUAAGUUUUGAAAAUAGAGAUGGGCAUCUUACUAGCAUCAUUACGAUUGGGGAAAGUUGAUUUGGAUUGUCAGUCUUUUUCCCAGGUAAGGGAGUCUAAAACUAGAGGGCAUAAGUUUAAGGUGCCCUCUAAGAUUCAAAGGGGACCUGAGGCAAGAUCCCGCUGCCACCUCCCCCACCCCCACACGGUGGUGGGUAUAUGGAAUUAACUGUCAACUGUGGUGGUAGAGGCAGGUACAAAGUUUAAGACAUUUGGACAGGUAUAUGAAUAGGA